AUGGAAUCGUUACUGAUCUGUAUGAUGGUGCUGGGCAUGGCGGCGUCAAAGGCCCACAAAGUUCAGAUCUGCCCCAAACGCUGCGUCUGCCAAGUCUUAAACCCAAACCUGGCCACACUCUGCGACAAAAAGGGUCUCCUAUUCGUCCCUCCUAACAUUGACCGGCACACAGUGGAGAUGCGACUAGGAGAUAAUUUUGUCACCAACAUCAAACGCAAAGACUUCGCCAAUAUGACCAAGCUGGUUGACUUGACACUGUCUCGAAACACAAUCGGGAAUAUAACACCGCACGCAUUCAAAGACUUGGAGAAUCUACGAGCGCUUCACUUGGACAGCAACAGGCUAACGCGCAUCACCAACGACACCUUUAGCGGCAUGUCCAAGCUCCAUCACCUCAUCUUGAACAACAACCAGCUCACGCACAUUCAAAUUGGCGCGUUCAACGAUCUCACCGCGUUAGAAGAGAUAGAUUUGUCGUAUAACAACUUGGAAAGCGUCCCCUGGGUGGCGAUCCAGCGAAUGUCCAGCCUACACACGCUGAAUUUGGAUCACAACAUGCUAAGCUACAUCCCAGAAGGUACCUUUUCCGGUUUGCAGAAGUUGAAAAGACUGGAUGUGACGUCGAACAAGCUGCAGAAACUUCCCCCCGACCCGGUAUUCCAAAGGGCAGGGGUCUUGGCCACGUCGGGCAGCAUGGGUCCGUCUUCGUUCGCGUUGAGUUUUGGGGGGAACCCGUUGAGGUGUAACUGCGAGCUGCUCUGGUUGCGACGCCUGAGGAGAGAGGAUGAUUUGGAAACCUGUGCGUCUCCUCAGCACUUAGCCGGACGAUAUUUCUGGACCGUUUCUGAAGAGGAGUUUCUCUGUGAGCAGCCUCUCAUCACCAGACACUCACAGGAACUUCGGGCGCUGGAGGGCCAGAGUGUGACCUUGCGCUGUAAGGCCAGAGGAGACCCAGACCCGGUCAUUCAUUGGAUCGCCCCAGACGGACGCCUCAUGUCCAACUCGUCCCGGGCCAACGUGCACACGGACGGGACACUGGACAUCCUCAUCAGCACUGUCAAGGACUCAGGCUCGUUUACCUGCGUGGCCUCAAACCCGGCGGGAGAAGCUCAGCAGACCGUGGAGCUGCGCAUCGACAAGCUGCCUCACAUCACCAACAGCACGGCAGUCGACCAGGAGCCUGACCCGGGUUCCUCUGAUAUCGCCACGGUGACCAAGACCGAGCCCGGCAACGUGCCCUUGAGCAACGCCAAGACGAGCCAGGAGAAGAAGGUGGUGAUCGCCGAAGCCACCUCCUCCUCUGCGCUCGUCAAGUUCAACUUCCAGAGGAGCAUCCCAGGAAUACGCAUGUUCCAGAUCCAGUACAACGGGACCUACGACGACUCCCUCGUCUACAGGAUGAUCCCUCCAAGUAGUCAGAGCAUCCUGGUGAACAACCUGGCGGCUGGGACGCAGUACGAUCUGUGCGUUUUGGCCAUUUAUGAUGACCAGGUGACAUCGCUCACCGCCACGCGGGUCAUUGGCUGCUUACAUUUCAGCACUGAGCCGCAGUACCUGCGCUGUCACUUCAUGCAGUCACAAUUUCUGGGCGGAACCAUCGUAGUCAUCAUCGGAGGCAUCAUCGUGGCCUCGGUCCUCGCCUUCAUCAUCUUCCUUAUUGUGCGUUACCGUGUGUGUAACCAGGGAGACGUAGAUAAGGCUCUGGAGAUGGGAGACAUGCGCUCGCUCAGCAGUGACGGUCAGCUGCAGGGCUGCGGUCUCCCCAAGUCUGUGUCCAAACAGGCGCUGCGUCCCGACAAGAACGACAAAGAGUGUUUACGAGUGGCUCUGCCGCCUCCCGAGCCGCUCAAACAGAGGCCGGCUGUGGUGGCCCCCAAGCCCUCUGCAGUGGCUCCCAACAUGGCCCCCAUCACUGCCUCCAAGAACCCCACCACAGGAUCCAAACCCUCCAACACCGCAGUCAAAUCCUCUGGGGCCCCUCUGAAGGCCUCCUCUGGGGCUCCACUGAAGGCCUGUGGGGCCCCUCUGAAGGGUUCCUCUGGGGCCCCUCUGAAGCCUUCUGUGCCCGACUGCAUCGUUUCGUCGUCUGCAGUGAGUCACAGUUGGCACCCAGCGUCUCCCGGGGUGACGCGCCUCAAGCGCUCGGCCCCCAAACCGGAUCCUCUCGAGGCUCUGCAGCUUGACAACAUGAACCGCAACAACUCCUCCGACCCGAAGAGGGCUCCACUGAUCGGGCUGUCUGCGGGGCAGCCGCUCAGAUGGAGCGGAGCCCCCAGGGGCCCACGGCCGCACCAGCGUCAGUACAUGACUGUGCCAGCAGGGGGCGUGAGGGUGCACCGUAGACACUCUCUGAACGCAGACUCGUACACAGACCGCUGUUACGUGGCGUACGCCAAAGCAGGAGGAAGCCUGCGCUCCAAACGCAGCCUGUCCAUGAGCGGAGACCUGCCGCAGAUCCACACACACACACAGCUGGCCCGGGGGCCCCUGUCCCGCUCUGAGUGGCUCCUGGAGAGUACACUAUGA